AUGUCCCUUGACCUAUCCAUCACCUUCCCCAAGGACGAGGGCGAGGACUGGUCGCUUGAGCAUAAGACCCGAGACAUCCUCAUCCCAUACCUGCAACCGACGUCCCAGACCUCACCCGCCGCCGCCGCCGCCAUCGACCUCAUCGCGCUGUGCCAGUCCGAGGCGGAGAAGCAAAACCUCGCGCAGCGCGCCCUCGGCGAGGGCUUCUGGUACAUGACAUGGGAAGCUCGCCGAACAGAUCCCGGCCGCGCACGGCCAUCCAACCCCUACGCCGAGCUCCCACACAUGGGCAUCGUGCUGAGCGAGCGGUUCCACCAGAUCUCUGCCGCCCCGCCAGCGCCCGGAACCGACCUUGACCAGAGCCAGUGGAAAAACCUAAACGCCCUCUCCGCGCGCCUGUGCCAGGCCGGCAUCGUCGUCCGGUCCAGCGACACCAUCAUCGUCAUUGCCGAAGCCCUCGAGAAGCGCCCCGAUCCCCGGUCCCGCGCGUACCAGGCGCGCGGCCCGCUGCUAAACUUCCACGUCCCCAUCGCGGCGGAUUGGAUCAUCAGGUGCGCGGAGCAGCUGUACGCCGUCAUGAGGUCGGGUGAGGCGGAAGGCGCGGGGUGUCCGUGGAAGAAGAGGAGGGGGAUCUUUGAGGAGCGGUGGAGCUUCUGGAAGGAGCAGUUAGUUGAUGUCGCGGAGCGGGAGGAGGCGUGUGAGGAGGGGGUAAAGGAGGUGGCAAGGAAAGCGGCGGAGAGGAUGGAUGAGGUUGAGAGGGAUGGGUGGGGGCAUUCGGAGAUUCGGAGUCAGUAG